AUGUUGACAUCAUCUCAAACCCAGGUGCUCGGGCUCCCGGUAGCGCUGGGCGAACUCUGGACGGUGAUGCAGGAGGUAGAUUUGGGCCCGGAGCUGAACCCCUUGUGCACGGAGGCGGAGAUGGUGAAGCAGUGGUCGAAGGGGGAUUUUCUCAGCUCCAACGUGGUGAAACUCCCGGUGCCAAUGAUGCGCCCCGUGCAGACGUUUAACCAGAACUUCUUUUUCGACCUCCUGACCGCGAACGAGUCGAACAGCACGGCCUGGAUCGACCCCAACUGGCAGUACUACCCCACCAGCCUGGGUACCAACCCGGAGAUCUGCCUUCUCGACGGGACCUCCGCGCGCACGGGCAAAAACCGCAAGCGCGACCGGCUGCGCAGCCGGAUGCACUCGCAGCGCACGCGGGGGCCGGCCGGGGAGGAUUUGACAGCGGAAAAGGACGAGUUUCACCUCCCUCCCGGGUUUGUUGUCAUGAUGUACAGUCCGAAAUUUGGCGACGGGAGCGAAAAGACGCACAAAUACGAGGUGCCAGACCUCCCCUACCGGGACACGGUUGUUCCCGGGUUAUCCAAAAAGGAGUGCAAGACGCUGAAGAGAAACUAUACCGACGCGAUGGUGGCCUUAGUCACGCCCAAACGCAGGAAAAACCCCAAAUUUGGCGGUGGCGGGGGCGGAGGUGGUGGAAAUAGUAAAACUACUAGUACAUCAACUCCUAGUAAGAAAAAAGCCAGCACGGCUUCUCCUGCACCCGCGACAUCAUCUUCAACUUCGGCGAAGAACCAGAACGAGCAGGAAGAAGAUAAAGAAGCUGAGUUGUCACCAGAAGCUGGUGGUGCACCCCAGCCACUGCUUGCCAAUGGCAAUGUGAAUCCGGAAUUUUCCGAGUACGUGGAUGCGAUGGAAAUUCGGGGGGUGAUCACGAUGGAAUUUUCGUCCACUGUGCGCUGGAUGUGCCCCAACGCGGUCGUGCGCAAGAUCGCGAACAAAAUCACUAACGACGUCACCAUUGCGCUGGGGGAGCUCCACCGAAACUUCGCCACAUCCGAGUUCGGCUACCGCCAGCGCGAGAAGGAUUCCGCGGCACAGCUACUCAACGAGAUGAGGUCAAGGGCCGCGGUGUUUAACGCCAAGAAUGAAGGCUAG